CUGCGGCUUUUUCUUCGGCCUCCGCCGAGCGCCAGUCCUCGCCCCAGCGCUAGCGGCACGCGGUUGCUCCCCGCCAGCUUGCAGAGUUCCCGGCGCCGGCCGGCUGCUAAGACGCGGAGUGCUGCGUCUCUGAUUGAAAUCAAGGAAGAUAAUACGUGUCCUUCUGAAGAGAAGAAGAGGAUAUCUGUAAGUGUGCUUUAUUGUCAGCUUCCAAAGAUUACUAACUUUUAUCUAUAUCACUAAACUGAACUGCCUUGGCUAUACUGCUGCUCUUACUGCUGCUUCCAUUAUUGCCUUCCUCAUCAAAAUAAGGCUUUCAGAAGCCAAAGAAUAUCAAGAAAUAAGCACCAUUUUUAGAAGCCUUUCCACUAUGAAACCUAAGCUAAAUGUGCUCACCAUUAUUUUGCUGCCUGUCCACUUGUUAAUAACAAUAUACAGUGCCAUUAUAUUUAUUCCAUGGUAUUUUCUUACCAAUGCCAAGAAGAAAAACGCUAUGGCAAAGAGAAUAAAAGCUAAGCCCACUUCAGACAAACCUGGAAGUCCGUAUCGCUCUGUCACACACUUCGACUCGUUAGCUGUCAUAGACAUCCCUGGAGCAGACACUCUGGAUAAAUUAUUUGACCACGCUGUUGCCAAGUUUGGGAAGAAAGAUAGCCUUGGAACCAGGGAAAUCCUAAGUGAAGAAAAUGAAAUGCAGCCAAAUGGAAAAGUUUUUAAGAAGCUCAUUCUUGGGAAUUACAAAUGGAUGAACUAUCUUGAAGUGAACCGCAGAGUGAAUAACUUUGGUAGUGGACUCACUGCGUUGGGACUAAAACCAAAGAACACCAUUGCCAUUUUUUGUGAGACCAGAGCUGAGUGGAUGAUUUCAGCACAGACUUGCUUUAAGUACAACUUUCCUCUUGUGACUUUGUAUGCUACACUUGGCAAAGAAGCAGUAGUUCAUGGGCUGAAUGAAUCUGAGGCCUCCUAUCUGAUUACUAGUGUUGAACUUCUGGAAAGCAAGCUGAAGACUGCAUUGUUGGAAAUCAGCUGUGUUAAACACAUCAUUUAUGUGGACAAUAAGACGGUCAAUAAGGCAGAGUAUCCUGAAGGAUUUGAGAUUCAUAGCAUGCAAUCAGUAGAAGAGUUGGGAUCCAAGCCAGAAAAUGCGAGCGUUCCUCCCAGUAGACCAACUCCAUCGGACAUGGCCAUCGUCAUGUAUACCAGUGGUUCUACCGGCCGACCUAAGGGAGUGAUGAUGCAUCACAGCAAUCUGAUCGCUGGGAUGACAGGCCAGUGUGAGAGAAUACCUGGACUAGGACCGAAGGACACAUACAUUGGCUACUUGCCUCUGGCUCAUGUGCUGGAAUUGACAGCAGAGAUAUCUUGCUUUACCUAUGGCUGUAGGAUUGGAUAUUCUUCUCCACUUACACUGUCUGACCAGUCCAGCAAAAUUAAAAAGGGAAGCAAAGGAGACUGUACUGUACUGAAACCUACGCUUAUGGCUGCUGUUCCGGAAAUCAUGGAUAGAAUUUAUAAGAAUGUUAUGAGCAAAGUUCAAGAGAUGAAUUAUGUUCAGAAAACUCUGUUCAAGAUUGGGUAUGAUUAUAAAUUGGAACAGAUCAAAAAGGGAUACGAUGCACCUCUUUGCAAUCUGUUGCUGUUUAAAAAGGUCAAGGCACUGCUGGGCGGGAACGUCCGGAUGAUGCUGUCUGGUGGAGCCCCGCUGUCUCCUCAAACACACCGCUUCAUGAAUGUCUGCUUCUGCUGCCCCAUCGGCCAGGGUUAUGGACUCACAGAAUCGUGUGGUGCCGGGACGGUCACUGAAGUUACUGACUAUACUACUGGCAGAGUUGGAGCUCCCCUAAUUUGCUGUGAAAUUAAGCUGAAAGACUGGCAGGAAGGCGGUUAUACAGUUCAUGAUAAACCAAACCCCAGAGGUGAAAUCGUAAUUGGUGGGCAGAAUAUCUCCAUGGGAUAUUUUAAAAAUGAAGAAAAAACGGCAGAAGAUUAUUCUGUGGAUGAAAAUGGACAGCGAUGGUUUUGCACUGGUGACAUUGGUGAAUUCCAUCCAGAUGGAUGUCUACAGAUUAUAGAUCGUAAGAAGGAUCUGGUGAAGUUACAAGCUGGAGAAUAUGUAUCUCUUGGGAAAGUGGAAGCGGCCUUGAAGAACUGUCCACUUAUUGACAACAUCUGUGCUUUUGCCAAAAGUGACCAGUCCUAUGUGAUUAGUUUUGUGGUUCCUAAUCAGAAGAAGUUGACACUUUUGGCACAACAGAAAGGGAUUGAAGGAACUUGGGUUGAUAUCUGCAAUGACCCUACCAUGGAAGCUGAAAUACUGAAAGAAAUUCGAGAGGCUGCAAAUGCCAUGAAAUUGGAACGAUUUGAAAUUCCAAUCAAAGUGCGUUUAAGCCCAGAGCCCUGGACCCCUGAAACUGGUUUGGUAACUGACGCUUUCAAACUGAAAAGGAAGGAACUGAAGAACCAUUACCUCAAAGACAUUGAGCGAAUGUAUGGGGGCAAAUAAACAGUUAAUCUCCUGCUCACAGUUGGCCAGAUAGUGGCUUGAUGGUUUUUCAGUUCUGUCUUUUUAAGCCUUUGUCCACCCGUUAGAAUGUCGUGUAUGCCAUUCUACAGACAUGAUCAUAAAACAAAAAACCAAAACUGAUUGAAAUAGUUGUUGAGUCUACUUUAUAAGUUAGUUUUGCAUAGUUCUAGUGAAGCUGAAAUUGAGAAGUUAUUCCCUUUAGUCGUAUAAUUAAUUUUAGAGCAAAAAUUUUGUUUUUAAAAUGUAGCCUAAAACAUACUUGUUUUUAAAAAUACUCAGUGCUGAACAAAACAAAUUGGAGUUGGAGUAGAAUAUAGUUUGGACACAUUUACAACUUCCAAAAUCUAUUGUCUUCCUAGUUCAGGAGAAUUUUAAAUAUUAAGCAUGACAAAAAUAUAUGUUAACACUACUCAAAGCGGAAAUGCUAUACAGGGCUUUCAAAUACUCAUACAACCAUUUAUCUUGAAGGGGAAACUCAAUCGUAAUCUAUACAGCACCAAAUAAUACCUUAGGAGGUAUUAUUUUAAGAUUAUAAUUGUUGCAUAGACUAGCCAUAGAAUCAUUGUAAUGUGAAUAAUUACAGUGCCUACAGUAAGAAUAAAACAACAUACAUACCAAAAAUAUCCAGUCAUGUAUUUGAAGGGAAAUGGAAAAAUUUUUUUGAAAUUUUGAGGUAAAAAAAUCAGUAACUGUAAUUAUCUGAAUGACUUAAAAGAAAAGUACACUUUGUAAAAUUCUGAAAAUUUCCUUUGUGUGGUGAUUCAACGUGAGAGGCGGAGACCAAGAGAAAAAUGCUAACGAUUUAGGAGGAAGCAUUUCCUCUGGUAGUUCAGAUGAUGGAACUAUGAAUCUUGGGAAUUAUGACCCUUGCACAGUUGAAUCUGGUGCAGAUUUAGGCUCUCGAUUUGUUUUUGAUAACAGGGAUGCAUUUUCAAAUGUACUUAUGUUAAAUUAUAUUUGUAAUUUAUGGUUUCUUUGCUAUCACUGAUUUGAUUCUUAAUCAGUAGCUGGCAUUUCAGAAAGACUUUCAUUUUGCUUUAAUUUUGGGAAAGCGGGUUCUGAACAAUGACUUCCCCAAAGUUUUGCCGAAACCUACGGGUGAUUAAUUAGCUUGUGGAUGACUUUGGGGAAGAUCAAGGAAAGAAAACACUGUUACCACUGUUUUUGUUAUUGUUCUUUGUGAAGAAUUUUAGAAACUGGAAAUGCUAGAUUGGGGAGAAGGGCAGAAUUACUUGAGAAGGAACUAAUAUUUGCAGUAACUUGGAGUGUGGGUUUCUUUUUGAAUCUUUCUUUAAAAUCUGGGGUUAUAGAUAACUGAUCUUCACACUCCAGUCGUAGUUACUGUUAAAGCAAAACUUCUUGAUACUGUUAUUCUUUGCACUUUUUCUUAAUCAUUUUAUAUAUAAGCAUGUGUGUAUGUGCGUGUGUGUAUAUUCCCCCACACACGUAUGUUGCUUUCAUUGCUUUGUACAGAUGUGGGCCACCACUGCAACAAAAUUAAAAAAAAAUUUCUUUCUCUAAACUAUUUAUAAAGAGAAUAUUUAAAUAUUAUGUAUAUGGUGGUAAUAAGGAAAAAAAUCUGGUAUUAUAAACAAGAAUGAAGGUUUUUAUAGAAAUUUCUUUCUGUUCAGUGUUCUGCAAAGCAAAAUUCCAGGCAAAUUUUCCCCGAAGUUAUAUAUGAGCAUUGUUAUUCUUCCAACUUGCCUUUGAAGAGUGGUAGACCAUGAUUGUCAAGUAGACUACUGUUCAGAUUCUACUGUUCCUGGCCCACUGUUUAUCUUUUAUGGAUAAUUUUCUUAGACUUUUCCAAUAUGUGACUUUUGCCCCUACUGAGAAUGGUGAUUUUAAGUGUGUGAGUGCAUGCAUUCGCUCUUAUCUUGGAUAUUUGCAACCCCUUCUGCCCCCAUCUCCCGGAAGCUGGAACACUGCCAACUAACCUGCUGUAUAGGUCCUUUAGAAACAUGGAAUUAACACUUAAGGUUGGGUGCUGCUAAUCCUUGUGAAAAUCCAAAUCUUGUUAAGGGACCAGGGAGAUGCCACAACCCCCUUAUUUUUUCAUCUAAAAAUAUACAUGUUGGUGUAAAGCUAAGUCUUUCCAUAUUCAUAGGGACUUUUUAAGUAUUGGAGCCUAAAGGUUUUGAUGUCACAUUUUUAUACCGGUUUCAAUUGUUCACAGUUAUUAUACAUCAGCCAUAAAAAUAGUACUUGAAAAAUUUACUACAAGUAUGUACAUUUGUAAGUCACGUAUAUGGCUUUUGUUUUAAUGACAUGAAAGAAUCCUGCCUCCUUGAUAUUUGUACUCAUUCUUUUUUUUCUACAAAAAUUGUAUGUUUUUUUAAAGAAUGGAAAUACAAACGAUUCUGAAAGUCAGAAGUUAAGAACAGUAAUGUUUCUUUGAUUAUAGAGACUGAUUUGUAAUCUUAGCCUAUAUUUUCCUGAUAGCAUAUGACAAAUGUUUCUAAGGUAACAAGAAGAGAACAGGUUAAACACUGUGUGGUGUUUUGAAUUUGGAGACAAAUAUUCUCAUUUUUAAAUGUAGUUACAAAUUUAAAUGUAUUCAUAUUUGUACUUUCUGUUAAAAUGCACGAUUGUAGGACUGUUAUUUAGAUUUUGUGUUUAUUCUUGAUGAAAAGCUUUAUUUGUUCUCGUUUUUAAGUUUGCACUUGAAUCUUAAUAAAUCCACCCAUGUUAUCAAGCCA